GGUAACAUUUUCAGUUUAAAAUAUUAGUGAUAAAGCCUGUUAUAGCUACGAUAUAAUUGAUAAACAUGAAAAAACACAAAUUUACUGAAAACUUUCUUACUAAUGAAGUUUUAGAUUGUAAUCGGGGUUCCCGUAAUUGGCUUUUGCAUACACGGUAUGUCAGAGGAGAAUACGAUAAAUGCUUGGAACUGGCUGACCACUUGCAAAAAUAUGCAUUUAAUUCACAUAGAUUUGCACAUUAUGUAAAGGCUUUAAUAUUUUCCCAAACGGGCCGACUUCAAGAAGCUCUGGAUAAAUUUCACACUUCUAUAAAGAUACAACCUCAAGACCUUGAAGCUUUAAAAGAAGUUGGGAACUGUCUUUAUCGACAAGGACGCUACCAGCUUGCUCGUGAUGCAUUCUUGGAAGCUGAUAAAUUAUCAAAACAUCCAGACCCCGAAAUUUAUUCUGGUUUAGCGAUGUGUGCAGAAAAUCUCGACGACGUAAGUCAUGGUAUAGAAUGGGCGAAGGCCUCUGUGCAGGCUGGAGGGGGAGAACGAGCUGGUGCUCUUCUGGCUAAGCUGCUUAAAGAAAAUGGCGAUGAAGAUGAUGCGUUAACUGUCUACGAUGACGUAUUAGCGUUAAACGCAUGCGGAGCUGAUACGCUCGCUGCAGCUGGAGCAUUGCGACUCCGUUGUGGGGAUCCACGACGAGCGUUUCAAUUACUUGGUGAAGCACUAUCUCAACAGCCAACGCAGCACGCAGCCGCUCUUGCAUUGGCUGCUAUGAUGUUGCAACAUAGGGAUGUCGAUGCGUCCUUAGCAAGAUUAAAAGCUGCCCUAACUGCUCAUCCUACAUGUGUGGCAGCUCACACCGAUCUGGGACUAGCAUUGUUGUCCAAAAAGAAAUAUAUUGCGGCAUUAACGUGCCUUCAACGGGCAGUUUGGGCAGCUCCGCUUAGUGCUCGAGCUGCUCACGAUCUUGGACUAGUGCUUCUGAUAUGCAAGCGACCAGCGUCGGCAUUUAAUAGACUUGCUGCCGCUGCUGCUUUUCAACCAUCACAACCAUACACUGUUCUCCUUAUUGCUAUAACGUUAGAGCGUCUUGGAGAUCCAAGAGCAGAUGCUGCCUAUUCCAAAGCAGUAUCCCUUGACCCUGAAGAUGCCCUCAUUAGGAUAAAUUACGCUGCAAGACACGCUCGGGCGGGUCGAUGUACUGAAGCUGCCCAAGAAGCAGUUUUAACGGCUCAAUUAUUAAGACGAGAAAAUAAUCUACAGUUGGCAGCAUCCUUAGCUCUCCUGAUGUCACUGCUUCGGGAAGCAGGAGUUGAGCUUUCCACGGACGCUAUCGAAAACACACCAAACUCCAAUACACCUACCACCCGCCAUCCAGAUAACGAAGAUUUCGCGGCUGAUGAAGUUUAA